AUGGAUGCAGGCUUAAAGCUAUGCAAGGCUGAAAAGGAAGUAAGCGUUGAUGAGAUUGACUACCGAAGAAACAUUGGAUGCUUACGGUAUCUAAUACACACAAGGCCUGAUCUCGCGUGUAGUGUCGGAGUCCUGAGCAGGUACAUGCACAGUCCGAAGGAGUCCCAUAAAGCCGCGUUGAAGCAAGUGUUACGCUAUCUGAAAGGAACGCUAUCAUAUGGACUAAACUUCGGUGCAGCAACACAAGAAGGCUUGAUCGGUUACAGCGAUAGCAGUUACAACGUUGAUCCAGACGACGGCAAGAGCACCACAGGACAUAUAUUCUAUCUAGGAGGGAAUCCAAUCACAUGGUGCUCACAACAUCAAGAAAUAGUUGUUUUGUCUUCAUGUGAAGCCGAGUUUAUGGCUGCAACAGAAGCAUCUAAACAAGCGAUAUGGCUAAAGGAUCUUCUCGGUGAAGUAUUUGGGGAGACAAGUGAAAAGGUGGUGAUGCGUAUCGACAAUAAAUCAGCAAUAGCAUUGUCCAAGAACCCGGUGUUUCAUGGACGCAGUAAGCACAUUCACACACGGUUCCAAUUCAUAAGAGAAUGUGUCGAAAAGGGCUUAGUAAAGGUUGAACACGUUGCCGGAGUAAAACAGAAAGCGGAUAUACUCACCAAAGCAUUGGGAAGAAUCAAGUUUAUUGAGAUGAGAGAUUUGAUUGGGGUCCAAAAUGUGUCAAAAGAAGUUUUCAAGUUUGAGGGGAAGAAUGUUGGUUCAAACUUGAAGUAG